AUGUUUUGUAUACCUUCGGUUAUUUAUAAUCAAGGUGAAGAAACGGAGGAACUAACGAGAAUGAGGCGCGAGAAGUGGAUUUCUGCGAUUAGCAGAGACGAUGUGAAAUACAAGGACAUCUUAAAGAGUGAAAGAGUUUGUGGCCGCCACUUCGUGUCUGGCAAACCUUCCCAGCGCUGGGAUAAACACAACGUCGAUUGGGCUCCGAGUUUAAACCUUGGCAAAAAGAGAUACAGAGAAAAAAGCUCCGAGGCGGCGACCGAACGGGCUGAAAGAGCAAAAGCUCGAAGGAAGAGUGCCUUAGAACAACAGCAACUCGAGGCGGCGAAGAAAAUGACACUUCUGAAUGAAAGCGGUCCACGGGUUGUGGAUAUAAAUUUUUCCAGCGAUUCAGCAAGUACCUUGGGAGAUGUUGAAGCGAUGGAUCUCGCGCAUGAAGAUGCUCCAGUUGUUUGUGCUAACGAAGCAGAACAACAACAAGAAAGUAUGGCAACUGGUGUAGAAACACAAACAGAAGCAUUCGAUUAUUUAUAUCGCAAAACUGUCAGAUGUGAAGCGCCCGACAAGGACGCUGAAACCCAAACAGAGGCAUUCGAUUAUUUAUAUCGAGAAACUGGCUGUUUAGAAGCGCCCGACAAGGACGCUGAAACCCAGACAGAAGAAUUUGACUAUCUUGUCCCCAAAAGUAGCGGCUAUCAAGCACCAGACAGGGAAUUCUUUAAAGGUGACGAGAAGGUGCGUUUUUACACAGGUCUGCCUUCAUACGAAGUACUCUUGGUGACAUUUGAACAUGGGACCCUCUUAUGCCAUAAACUAGUCUGAAAAUUUCCUUACCAUUUGCCCAAACUGUGAUCCGACCGGUUUACCCUUGUAAGUGGAAAAGAGCCUUGUUGUCGUAGUCUCGUAGUGAGGGCUAAAGAAUGGUACCAAUAAGUGUGACGAUACACGCGUAGUGAAAUUGAUUAUAUCACCCUGUUUAAACUUUAAGAUCGACUGAAGACCAUGAAAACCAAUUACCCUAUUCAGCGGCACAUACCCGUUUAGGCCAAAUAAGGGAGUUCCACGCGAGGGAAGUUAAACAGUUUUUUUUAUUUAUAUAUAUGAUGUGUUUUUGAUAUCGCUAAAACUCAUUUUGAUACGAUUCUUGCGAUGGGGAUGACCAGACGUUUAAAAGUGAUGUUAUACGAGACUAUUGCGACGACGAUUUUUAGGACACCAACGUUGAAACUUUCUUUUUUACCAUUUGAUAACAAUGUCGCGACAAUGCUGCGACGCUGUGUUACACUGAUAAUCGUCGUUGUGAAACGUCCCGUGUAACAUGGCCAUGUUAAAUGCUGUCGUCGUCGUCAGUUUGAUAGCCUGCGUGGCAGGCGUUCGAAAGGGAAUGGGAAGGGAAUUGAGGGCUUGAAAGCUCUAUUAGAACUUAUCGCGUUCUAGUUUAUAUAUGAAUAUCCGUGUUUCGUGUUAUCAAAAAGCUUAUACAGAAUUAUAUUGUUCGACAAGUCUCUUGUAACCGAUAAUGUCAAUUAUUGUUUAGAGUGGUUGGCCUAAACACAUUUGUAAUGUCCCCAAAAAGGCUACAGCGAGGGACCAGCGUAAGAGGAAGUGAUCUAUUAGUAAAUAAUGUGUUUAAUUCAGUAGCGUUGAGCGUAUAAUUAUGUUAAUGAGUCACAAAUCAGUCGUAGCACGUAAAGGUUUGCUUGUUGCAAGUAUGUUUUAAAUUACCUUAAACUGAAGUACAAUGUACGAAACGUAAGAACGUGACAGCUCUAGUGUUAGACUGUAUACUUUAACCCUGACCCAUCCUAGCUAGGGGGUGGGAAUCCUUUUCUGAUCCGGGAAGCCCAUUGUUUAUAAGCCCCCGGCUUCUAUAUAGGCUUCCUUGCCUUUGCCACUUUAAAGAUUUGAUCUUGUAAACAAUAGACCUUGUCACGGUUUUGGACGCCAUCUUGACGAGUAGGCAAAUGCGUGAGAAAUUACAGUAUUUGUAUGAGAAUCUAAUGUCGAAUAAUUUCCGUAGAACAGCUGGGUUAAAAAAAAAAAAAAUCAAUUGUAAACUAAAGCUUCACGCCUAAGGAUCGGCUACUGAAAAAAAUUGAGGGCGUUACAUGCGCUAGAAGACCUAGAACCACUUUUUAAAAUUUUCUAUACCGUUCUUUGUCUGUAAGAAAGUCCGGGGAAAAAUUACAGACAAAUAUAGGGAAAAUCCAAAGCAAGCCUCUGGAGAAAUUUAAGCACAGGUAUGCCCCCCCGCCAAAUUUUUUAGCGCAAUCCUUUGCCUUGUAGCUUUAGUUUACAAUUGAUAUUUUAUUGAUUAUUUCAGAACAGCCGUCAGUUAUGGAAAUUAUUCGACAUUCAGAUUUUCAUAUAAACACUGUAGUUUCUCACACGUUUGCCUACUCGUCAAGAUGGCGUCGAAAACCGUGACAAGGUCUAUUUAGUUAGAAAUGUGCAUUAUCUUUAAUGUACCAUAAAUUUCUUUACACUGUCGAUUGAAAAAAAAAAAAAAAAAAAAGAAAUGAAUGGAUGGAUGAUUCGAUUGUCGAAGCGAUUGCAAAAUCUCAGCAGUUUAGUUGGCUGCCGAGUGGGCGGACUACCCUCGCAAUAAUGGCGAGUGCCGCUCAUUUGAAAAUUCCAGAACCAGUUAACAUGGUUAACCGGGGGAGUCCUAAAAGCUACCAAAAUGCUGUUUUGUGGGGGUUUGGUCCAGCACCCUUAAGGAUUAAUUAAAGCCAAUGAAGGAGAUGUUGUUAGAACGUCCGACCACUGAGAUCAGAAUUAGAUUGUGUGGGCUAAAAAGGCUUAACAUUCUCUAGUUUAUUAAACGGCUUCCUCGACACAUUGAAAGUCGUCAAAGGCCGAUACACACGAGGGGUUUUGCUCCCGGAGCAUGCUCCAUGCUCAUUUUGCACGUGUCAGUACACACGAGGGAGCGUUUUCAAGUUCGCUCAAUUUGCUCCGGGCGCUUUCUCCCAAAUAUUUAACCGGUUAAAUAUCGUGGAGCAUUUUGCGGGGUGGAAAUUCUGCUCCCGAGGAUGAGGUAUACCCAUGAAAUCGUUGGUACACGCGGAGGAGCUUUGCUCCCGGAGCGUGCCCCUGGAGCAUGCUCCGGGAGCAAACCCCCCGUGUGUAUCGGCCUUAAGGCCCAGGUGUAGUGUUUGUUCAAGCUUUAUACAAAUAUUUUUGGUAGCUCCAGGAGCUGCUACAGAUCAUUUUGAAUUGAAGAGGUAUCGGUCUGUGUGAGGUGAGGGGUUGGCUUACACAAGCUAAGGAGGUAUCUGUUUUGCUUUACAUUGCAUUAAUAUGACAGUGCACCUUCAAGGACCAAUUCUACACCGUUCGUACGUCUGAAAAAUGUGUCCGUAACUGAGAAAGCUAUUUGAUAGAGAAAACCGAGAGUUGUUCAGUUAGGGCUUUGCGAACGGAAACUGCUAGAUUUACUUAAACGUUGGCACUUUAAUUAAAUUGCCAUUUGUAAAACUUGGCCCAAAUAGUCUUUACUGCUACUUUGAAAAAACAUUCAGAGACAUACAUUUUUCCCCGCAGGAUCCCGGUACUCCCUUUCACUGAGAUAGACAGCCUCGGAAAUGCGCAAUAAAAGUAUUCUUUUUAUCAUAGUGACGUUUACAGACAUCUAUAAUUAGUUCUAAGGAUAGUUGUGCGCAAUAAAACUAUCCUUUUUAUUAUAGUGACGUCAAUAGACAUCUAUAAUUAGUUCUAAGGACAAUUACCGGCCUGACGGUUUGUCUGUUCCAAGUUAAGAGGUAACCCUCCUUUGCAAAACGUAAAGUGUCUUUUAAAUUGCAAUUAGAGAUAGCAUCCUUUUCUUUCGCAUUGUUAACGAAUCUAGAUUAUGAAUACUCUUGUUUUGGCCUCUGAACAGGAUUGAAUGCGAUAGAUUCAGUAUUGACAAGGCCAUUAGUGGGUCAGUGGCGGGCUAGGGUACCUUCAGAAACUUUAAACCGUCUGUUUUUCUUGUCAAUGACACUCACUUCCGACAUAUGUUACUAAGCUUAACUUAUAAGAGUGGAAGUGAUUGCAAGGUUUGGUAAUGAUUGAAAAGGCCACAUGCAGUUAAAAUUUGGUAUAAAUUCUUGGUUUAAUCGUGUGCGCUUUACCAGAAACGUAGCCGGAGUACAGAUAUUUCAAUUCUGAGGUGAGUACGAAUAAUUUAAUUUAGUGCCCAGAGUAAAUUUUGUAGCAAUCUGCAGUGGGUAUGAAUAGUAAUCGUCAGUAAAGCUCAAAAUUCGUUUUCGCUGAUACUUUUUUAAAACAUUGAUAGAAUAUUGUAUCGUAGGUAACAAAAGAGGGUUAAUUUGGUCUAAUUUUUUGCGUUUAUAAGGCGAAUUAAAUAGAAUCGGUUUGGUCCGUUUUGAACCAAAAUGAACUCUUUGAUGAACUGAAAUUUCACUUUAUUCGUGGCUCUCUCAAGUUAGCGGGAUAAAGCCAAUAAAUGAUUUCUUACUAUGAAGAAAUAGUUCGCCCCUUGGUAAAUUAGAUAUUGUUUAUAUUGAAGACUGCUUACUGUAUAAGAUCCAUGGAGAGGCACGUGCACGUCGUUGCCUUUUCUGAAUGGCUCCAAAGUGACAUAAAAGUCGGUACAUAUACGCCAAAAUAAAUCCUCAGAAUAAGCUUUCUCUAUAGUUUACGGAUAGAUGUUUUAUGUUUUCUUUUCAUUUCUGUGGGAUCUUUUUAAGUUUUUCGAUACGACCUCCCCGAAGUUUGCUAAUGAGGACUUUUCGAUGUCCGCCAUAUUGAAACUGUGAGAAAGUACUGUGAAAAGGAGUAUUACUUUUGGAUAAAAUGAGUCUAAAAUUAUAAGUGCAAGUGAGAUUUAACUUGGUAGUACACAAAUGUCACUGCCUCUAUGUUAUUUUUAAAGUUAACGGCAAUUUGGCAAUGGUUUUAUACUGGACUCUGAUUCCAUGCAUGAUAUCGUGACAUUGAUUUCCUACACGUCACGCACCGACCCUUGACGCCAUCAUAAGACUUCAUCUUCACUUCGAAUAACCGGGGUGAGCGACUUCUGCACUGAUAUCUUCAGCUUUAUAUUCCUUUUCCUUUGGGUUUAACGGUAAGGAGGAAAGGAAUUCACAAAAUCUUUAUUUUGACUGCUUGAAGCCAUUGUGCAAAUACAGAACACUUGUGAAAAUAUUUUAUAUGUCUUCAAGAUUGUCAACACGGGAUUUUAAAAACAGAACUAAGCAAUCAGAUAAAGGUUCGGUCAGAAGAUACCUUCAAAACUGAGAAAAGUUAGAUUUUGGACGGGCAUAAAGUCGCUUAAAAUGGGGAUUAGUUUGAGACUGGCAUCAACAAGAUGCAUGAAAAAUAUUUCAGUACAUAUGUUUACAUUUGCUGAUGAGCUUCCGGAUAAUUGAAUUACUUUCGCGCAAUUCACAACCAGUCUUUACGGCAAGAAAACCCUCAUUUACCAAUAAUUUUACAAAACGGCAAAUCCUAGGAAAUUCGGUAUUCUCCAUCUUUCCCACUUCUGAAUACAUCCCGCAAUUUUCCUGGUGAGAAUUUAAUUAGGAAGUGAUCAGUCUCCUGCGUAGGAGGCGUCGAAAGGGGUAGGGGGCUAAAAAAUCGUGUGUUCACUUUCCGUUUUCCUGCACUUUACCGGGAUGGCUCGGCUCACGCCUUGUUUCCUCGUCAAAUUGUAGUUGACCCACUAGCUGAGAUCUCGUUUCGAGCAACUGGGAUCUCGUCAGCCUGUCUUCUCAUACAAACACGACAAAAAUUUUAUAAGGAUACAAGGCAUGAGCCGAGCCAGAACGAUAAAGCGGGCAAGCCGGGCUAACCGAGCUGGCUCACUUCAUAUCAGACAGCUUCAGUGGGUGCGAAACAGAAAUUGAUCUUAUGACUAUAUAGUCAGAGGUUUCUGUUUUCAAACACCAGAAAAGUCCAUGACAUGACUAUUUUCCCGUUGCCGACCUCAUGAGCUUGGAUUGGGUGACGAAAAUUUGAGUUUCGGUGCAGAAACUAACAGUGAAUAGUUCGGUCUGGAAUCGCGUAUAUAGGGUUUUCGCUAGCCUGCGAAAACAUCCGUUUCUCCUCGCUCUUCGCCGCUGGGGACGUUUCGCGCGGAGGAACGUCUGCGACUCAGCGACAAAAAUUCCAUACUGAUGACGUAAAAUCUGUCCGGAAUCUGGUCAGAAGCGCUGAUUGGUCGACUGAGUAGUUACAUUGUUUUAGCUAUUGUUUACGAAUGACAGACAAAAGACAAAAGGCCCAGAGGUCAAAUGUAAACGCGAAGAAUCUCUAGCAAAACAGUCAAUAUUUGUUGAAUAUACUCUUCUCUAGAAGAAGUAUUUGAGUUCUGCUGGAGCUCGUUGGCAGAUGAACACAAAAAUUUACCAAAAUCGACCAGAAGACACGUAAAACUGUACAAAUUUGUAUUUGGAACCCCAUGACUACCGGAUUUAUUUUGUAAACAUUGAUUUGCGUCAUCAGUAUGGAAUUUUUGCCACUGAGUCGCAGACGUUCCUCCUCGCGAAACGUCCCCAGCGGCGAAGAGCGAGGAGAAACGGAUGUUUUCGCAGGCUAGGUUUUCGCGGAAUCGACGGCGAAUGAAUGUAUUUAUUACGUUUCAAUUCCAAAUGAAUAAGAAAGAAAUAACCAAAUUCGACGUAGAUUUUAAGAAAUUUUUCUGUUGGCGUUCUAAUCUAAGCCGAAUGUUGACGAAUAAUUUUUUAGAGGUUAGAUCUGCAAACGGGUGUGAAAAAUGUCAUUUUUGGUCUGAGACAGGGCCAAGAAUUCCCGGGUUUAUCUCAAAUUGUCAAAAUUUUCUGGCAGAGCCCUCUAGAGAAACUCGCUCCUUCAGCGGUCUUUCAGCUCGUGCUGUGAGGGCUAACCCCAUCAGAAUUCGAAAAAAGCUUCGCUGUCCCUGAUUUUUCACUGUCCUCUCAGGGAAAAGUUAAUGUCAAACUGAAAUGUGCCUGGCAGGACCAUAACUAGUAGGAAAUAGAGCAAUUCAAAGGUAUAAUCGUAUAAUUAUGUCACUAUAACUAGUCGUGUCUUCCCACUUUCUUCCAUUGUCAGCUAUCUUUGCGCUUGCUACCAUUGAUGACGUUUGAAGUCCAUCAACAUAAAAAAGGGGUGUCAAAUCCAACGGCGGGGGUGGGACAAGGGGGAAGGGGCUUGGGGGCAAUAAGAAAGGUACUAUGUAAGACAUGCAAGGUAGACUGUAUAUUGUAAUUUUAGUGUACACUCUUUUAACCCGGAAUUUCCUUGAUUUUGUACAAGGAGCAACAAGAACAAAUACAGUGAAUAGCAAAGGAUUGCGAACCAAUUUUGUUUCGCAGUAGAGGAUAAGGAAAUAUACUGCGCGACUUUUGGUCAGCCGAAAUGGUAGCAGAUCUAGUAACGAAAACGAAGGAAAGCAAUAUUGUUAGUCACCCUAAAUCGUUCCUUUGAACGACCGAUUAACAUGUAAAAAUUGCAGAAAAGAACUGUUAAGCGGGGUUUAGUGUUAUGAGAGUUAAUGUGACUUGGGAAACAGAAAAGUGUCCUUUGUCCUUAUUAACCGGUGUCCGUAUGUGGCGGGUCAUUUAUAGAGAAAAUACAUGAACUUUUUGUCGGGUCACUGGAGACUUUCUCUUACUUCCGGGUGUCCAUAUUAAGCGGGUGUCCGUAGAGCGAGGUUCCAGUGUACCAUAUACUUUUCAGUUAUUUCUAGAAAACGUCAGCCUCUGAUUUUGAACGUUUUCCUAAUAAUGAUUCGCUUUUCUUAAGUCAGGAAAGUUUCUUAGAAUGCCAAGAAGAAUUUUGAGGAAAAUUCCAUUUCCGGUUCAUUUGUCAUGCAUAUUGCAUGACACAUGGAAUAAUGUUAUAAAAGAUGCGGGGUCAUGGAGAGUUUAAAGCGCCCAUGGAAUGAGACAAAAGGCCUGUUUACACGGAGGUGGGGGACACCAGGUAGGCGAGGUAACAUGUGACGGGUCACCCUACCUAUCAUGUAAACGUAACUUCAAGUUAAAAUGAGAGAUUAUAUGGACAGGCGGGUUACGCCAGCUAAGCGGGUUACCUCACCUCCAUGUAAACAGGCCCUUAUCGUACUAAAAAUGAAGCAGGUAAGUUAAUAACUCAAGCGAAGGAGAAGGGUAUACAAGUGAGAUUUGGCCAAGCACGUUGGAGUCUAAUGGGCUUUUGGCCUAGUCGCAGCGCGAGGUCACGCAGACGGACGCGAUAACAAACAGUUACCGCCGAAGUCUGGUGCGUUCCUUGUUGCUUUUCUUUACAUCGGACUUUUCUACAGGUGAAUUUGGUCUAUCUAAAAGUUUAUUAGAGAUUUUUAUAGUGAUAAGUGGUGAAACUAUGUGCCGUUUGAUUGUAGCGGUGACCUUCGUUUUGCCUGUCUCCGUGAUGUAAGACAUUCCAACAUGGCGGAAGGCGAAAUUGUGCUCACUUAAGAAGUAUUUGCCAAAAAAGUACAAAAGGUCCCAAACAAAUAAAGUUGUAGAAAGUUAAAACCAUCCUUUAAAGAUGACCAAAAGGUUUCCUGGUGAGAUUCGUUGCGUACCGCGGCAUGUUCUGACAUGUUUGUUUUGACCAGCCAUCAAACCAAAUUCAGAAAGGAUGUUGGUGUGCUUCCUCAAAAAAUCAUAUGUUUUUUGUGAGCAGAGUUAGCGAGCUGUUGUCGGAAUCAAUGGACUAAAGUAACUUUAGUUUAACUGGAUAUUCGUAAAGAUACUCUAGAAAGAUGGACUAAAUGACUGAAUAACUUUGUGAAAGUUGGCAAAUUUUAAGGUAAUUACCACGAAAAAUACCGUUUACAGUUAAAAUUAAAUUUCUUUCAAACGAAACCUUAUUCAUUCAAAUAAACUUUGAAAUUAUAUGUAUAGUGCCUGAGCCUACAAAUGAACAAAGUAUAAGCGAAAUCAAAUUUUGAGCUCUGUCCGCCGCCCGAUAUUUGAAUUGAUUCUUACUGAUAUCUCCUCUUAAUAUUCAUGAAUUGCACGCAACUUGCUGUUAUCUAAGCAAACUGCAUGUAAGCAAGUGGCAGUAAGUAUAAGGAAAUCAAUCUAUGGGUUGAAAUAUUUUUCGUGCUAUUUUUCCUUGCUAUGAUCGCGUCCACCCUACAAGAUCUGAAAUACUUGGCUCUUCAACCCAGAAAGCAAUUGCCUGCAAUUAAUUAUUAAUUAUUAAUUAAGUAAUUGUUCCUCUUAGACCCUGUUUACAUGGAGUGGGGGACGCCCGGUCUAGUGGGUAGGUUUCUUUUAUUUUGUGUCCCCCAGAGCGUGAAAACAAAAGAAACCAACCCCACUAGACCGGGAUCCCCCACUCCAUGUAAACAGGCCCUUAGAAUGGAAUAACCUGCUAUUUAUACUAAAAAUGAUUUCAUUGCCAUUAAUAGAAAGUGGCAUAUUGUUCAAAGCCUAAAGUCCAAUGAAGGGAGGCAUCGACGUUUGAUCUUGCCACUUUGUAUUACUACGCGGGUAUCGCCAUUCAAAUCAUUUGUAAAUUGUAGCCAAUUCGAGUUUUAUUGAUUUAUUAUCGAUCUUAUCUUACUUUUUUUUAUGGGGGAGGCUGAUUCCAUGCCGUUGCAUUGUCUAUAUCAAAGAAAAUAAAUGUCAUUAGCGUGCAUUAAUUGUCUGGACAACACAGCCUCAUAGAUGGGACCUGUUUUUGAGCUACAGAUUACCCCCCAAAAUCACUACUAUUAUUUGCUUUACCAUUCGCCACUUAAGAAACGAGAAGGGGACUUCUUAGCCGAAAAGCUCCCCGCAGUUGUCUCUGGUAUCGUUACUGGGGUCGAUCGCACCCGUCAGCUUUUGGCGGCCUAUUUUUCCCCGGACGUCCUUGUAACAGUCCCAGACGUCUUUGCGAAAGUCACUCGGUCCAUCUUCUACAUGAUCUUUUAAGGGGCCACAAUCAUAUCGUGCAGACCACUUUCUCUUCACUGAAUUUUCGGAAGCCUACUCGUACCAUCAUUAAAUGGCACGGAAUCGGUGGCGUAGUCACACCGUUGUCAGAGCGCUUCAUCAUGAAUUAAAUAUGCACUCCAGUCCUUUCAAACAAAAAUCAUCAUAACGCAGUUAAGAUCUAACGAUUCAACUCAAUCUGACUCCAGUACCUUAUGGUUCAGCCCUUUAAGAUUUUGUAACUCCUUUACACCGCUUUUAAGUUUGGGUGUUUGCAUUAAGACUUUUUGUUGAGGUACAGACGUAGCCGUUAAUCCAAAGCCAUGCUGUCAACAACAUAACUUCGGGAGAUUUUAUAGAGCCCAUACCGAUGCUGGUUUCUGGAGCUUUGUGGUAACACCAGAGCAAGCUUUAACGUCCGUGACCCCAUGAUUCCCCUAUUGAAGUUAAAUAGAGGUCCUCGAUCCUAGGCCGGAAAUUCAAACAAAGUUAUUCAUUGUCUCUAUACCGUUGGUCUAUCCUAAUUAUGGACCAGAAGGUUUACAAUUGGGUCCAAUUAUCACAUACAAAUCACUUUGUAUGGGCAACAUUAAAUUAAGAAUAAUAAAAAAAACUACUCGCUGAAAGCAAAAAGUAUAGGUCCAUUAGACAAUGAGUACUUUGAUUGACUUUCUCAUUUCGAAAAUUUCACAUCCACAGUUUUGCUCGUUCCUUUGGAUAAGAGAUCCAUAACCUGAAUAACGGGCACAGUUGUCUUAAUUAAUAAACAUAAACGGAUGAACAAUAUAUUAUUCGUGACUCGGCGCUAUUUACCUUAUAACCAGACUUCCUUCUAAAGGGCGGUUUAGACAGUAUUAGGAAUCUUGAAAGCAAAAUUAAAAAGGAAAAAAAAAAGGUAAAACUUUCCCUUGAAAACAGUUCUUGACUCGCCCCAACGGAAAGUCUGAAAAGGUAGUCGGAAUGCUCCAAACCGAAAUCUCAUUCCAUGAUACCAGCUUCAGGCUUUCGCGGCCGUUUUUCGGUAAAUGGAACUGAUUUGUGCAAAACGCGAUUCCCGGACGAAAUUUAGGCCAGUCCUGAACUUUGCUUAGCAUUUGUCCAAUCCGCGAACCGACCGCUCUGCCGAUGCAAAUGGUAGAAACCUAUUUUUUUCUAUUUCUGUCUUUUUUAUAUAUAUAUCGAUCCAAAUGUCGAGUUCAUCAAAUAUAAUAAAUAACUGUCAGUAUUGAAGACGAAUUAGUAAAUUUAUUUAGAAUUUACUAUCUCCACAGAGUCUCGCCGUGUUACAUGUACAUCCCGCGAGUGAUCUCGCAGUUUAGAGGAUAUUAA